AUGUUUAUACUCUUUCCGCGAAGAGCAGCCAGGCGAAGAAAGGAAAAAGAAGAGAAACGACUGGUGAAGCAACAAGCGGAAGACCGAAAGCGCCAGCAAGCGGCUGUUGCUGCGUCCAAACCAACAUACGUUCCGUACUAUACCGCUCCCACCACACCCGCCCAGUCGACUGCCCGGCCUGGUAGCAACUACUAUGCCGGACUUGGCAGUAGCAACUACGACUCAGGAGUGGGCAAUAGUACCCAUCACCAUCACCAUCACGGUGGCGGCGGCGGCGGCGGCGGUGGCGGCAGCGGCGAUAAUUCCGGCGGUGGUGGUUAUUCAGGAGGGGGAACUAGCGGCGGCGAUUCAGGAGGGGGAAGUUACGGCGGCGAUUCGGGGGGUGGAAGUAGCGGCGGCGAUGGAGGUGGAGGUGGAGGAGGUGGUGGUGGUGAUGGAGGUGGCUGA